AGCCGCUCUUCUCCUCAAGCCUCUCUCUCCUCAAAACAUCAAACAACAGCCUAAAGCGGAAAGUUCGAGGAACAGGAUCAAGCUCGGGUCUCGCUCGCAAGCACGCGGGCGUAGCACAGCUCUUGUCCGCGAGUUCCAAGGGGCUGCUGGGCGAGGCGCACGACGUGCCUGCUCUGGGCCAUACGCUCAAGGUGUUUCGUGCGCUUGCUCGGUCGAGGCGAUGGCGGCAGCAAGUUCGUCGUAUGCCGUGCCCGGCGCAAGCUCCUCGGUAGCAGAGUCUUCCGCGCAGGCCAAGCUGCAGGCCGAGCAGCUCGCCGUACUCGAGCGGCUCCCGCGAGCGCCGCCGCCGCUGCGCACCGAGACGUACACGGGCAGCGGCCUCGCUGUGCUGCGGGCACACGAUGGCUCCUCAAACGUGCACGGCGGUGAUGCCAGCGGCCCGAGUGCCAACGUGACAGCACGCGAUGCGACGUUUACGCAUCUCUUCGCCUCGUUCCCGCUCAAGCUGCUGCAUCCGCGUGCCUCGUCGCAGGCGGCAUCAAGGCGGACGCAGCUUGCUGCUCGGGCCCGAGAGGGUGAUGGGAAGCCUCUAGCGGCCGUAGCAGUGCUCUACGUCGUCAGCUAUGGCGGCGGACUCGUCAGCGGCGACACAGUCUCGCUCGACAUCGACGUGGGCCACGGCUGUGUGCUGCUCCUCCUCACGCAGGGCAGCACCAAGGUCUUCAAGAUGCGCCAGACCCGGAUAGCCAAAGGGCUUGGCUCCGUGCCUGCCGCUUCUCCAGCCUCGAGCACACGGCAGACAUUCAGGAUGCUCGUGCGCCCGAAUGCCAGCCUCGUGCUGUUGCCGGAUCCCGUGACGUGCUUCGCACAGGCGCGCUACGUGCAGACGCAGCGCUUCGAUCUGCGUAGCGCCACUACGUCUUCGCUCGUGCUGCUCGACUGGUUCACACCUGGCCGCAUCCACCUGGCCAAGGCAUCUGCGACGGGUACCAAUGCCUCGCACGAGGAGCGGCCCGAGGUGUGGGCCUUCGAGAGCUACCGCAGCCGCAACGAGGUGCGCGUGGCCGGCCACCUGCUGGCGCGCGAUGUGCUGCACCUGGCACAAGAGGACGACGGCCUGCCCAACGACCUCACCGAGCUCAUUGGCGGCACGCCCUUGGCACGUCGCUGUGCGCCGUACACAUGCUACGCCACGCUCGUGCUAGUGGGGCCCGAGUGCCGCUCAGCCAUGGAGGCCUGCCGUGCCGCCUUCGCAGAGGUGCAGCAGCGCGUCGUGCCCUCGAGUGGCCGACCGGCGCCGCUGCUCUGGAGCUUCACUCCUCUGACGCUGCCGAAUGCGCCGGCUGGCAGCGCCGCCAUCGUGCGUGUGGCUGCGACCGAGACGCAAGGCGUGCGCGACUGGCUGCGAGAUCACCUCACAGAGCUGAAGGGCCUGGUGGGCGAAGACCUGUAUCGACAGGCGCUCGGAUGAGGCACAAUUGUCACGCAUCACAUCGACUG